AUGGAGAAAAAACGUGUUCAGGAAAAAUCCAAGUAUAAAUCCGCAUUUAAGUGGGGAGCAGCUGGGAUUACAGCCACUGUGAUUUUUGUCCUGGUGGAAGUUUUCAUAAUUCACUGGGUUACUCCCUUUGAUGAUGUCCUGCGGGUGUACUUCCCAAAAGCCGGAGUCCAUGUUCAGUUUGAGUUUGAGCUUACAGAAGACGGAGUAACGUACAGUAUCCAUAAGAAUCGUACCCUGGUCCAACUUGUCCGCAUGGGAACCAAUCUAGGCUGGGAUGUUAGAGUUGAGGAUCAUGGGAAUGGGGCAUAUAUACUUAGAAGUCGCGAGGGAUUUGUCAGCUUCAACCAAAUUGCUGAUGAGGAUGGAUUUGGUCUGUUUCAAAUAAAUCAAACCCUAUGGGCAGGAGACCGUUUGGAUGAUUUCGUGGAGCACUGCUUUGAUCUGGUGUCUCCGGAUGGGAGCAAUUGGUUUGCAGGACCUCAGGGGUACUAUCAAUACUGGCCAUCUCAGUAUCUUCAAUUUACAGAUUAUGCCUAUUUGCCCAAAACAUCUGCUCAUUCUCUAAUCUCUGAAAGAUACUGGGUUACUUCCAAAGGAAUGUUCCUCUAUUUUAGUCCAGAGACUCCCCUCUUCCUGAAUCGCAAACCCAAUCAUUUAUGCUUCGCUGCCAAGAAGCAGAGUCCUUAUUACACCUAUGAUCAUGGCUUCUGUUUCAAUUACACCAUUGGAGUGGCUUCAGAUGCCAGGACUGCUCAUCAAGCAGCUAUAAAGAGAUUCCUAGGAAAACCUCAACAUUACCCCGAUCGAAGGGUCAUUCAGUUUCCCAAAUGGAUUCUUAGGGAUAGCAAUAGGACCCAUUUGGAAGAUUUUGUGCAUAAUCUUGUACGUUAUGGCUUCAAUACGUCCAGCAUAAUUCUGGACCGCUCAUGGGAAAUAUGCCAGGGAGCUCUGGAAUUCGAUCCUAUAAAAUUUUUCAGUGUUCAGGGAUUGAUUAGGUACCUGAGGAGGUAUCAAAUCCUUCUGACACUCACCAUAACUCCAGUUAUCCAUGAAAAAUGCAAUCCAUACUUCCAGGAAGCUCUCUCCAGGGGAUUCUUUGUGAAAAGUCAUCAGAACACUCAUGUAAAUUUCGACAGGACUGCAGCCAUAGACUUCACCAAAGUUGAAGCUGUAAGGUGGUUCCUAUCUCGCCUUAGGAAUCUUCAGACCUUGGGUGUGGAAAACUUCUACUUUGAGGGCGGUGAGUUUGAUUCUGUUCCCAAUGAUCCCAAUUACGAGGGAGUUCCCCCGAGUUUACAUCCUGUUCAAUUCACCAUUGAUUCCCUGAGAGCUCUGGCCGAGUAUAGCGGUGAGACAAUUAUCCGGACUGGGUUUUGCACUCAAGAUUUACCCUUGCUCGUGAAGCUCCCGGAUUUCGACAAUCGCUGGGACAUUCAAAAUGGUUUGGAAGCUCUAAUUCCCAAGAUUCUGCAGACAAAUCUAAAUGGUUAUUACUUCUUGAUGGUUCCCAUUGGAUCUGGGCAUAUUGCUGAUUUAACCAAGGACAUGUAUAUUCGCUGGAUGCAGGCGGCUGUUUUUACUCCCUCAAUGGCUUUUGUAGUGCCUCCGUGGGAAUUUGAUGAGGAAACUGUGGAUUUAACUCACAAAUUCCUCAAGCUCCACUUUAAAUAUUUGGGAACAUUCAUGGAUCUCUUCAAGGAAGCCAAGUCAGAUGGGCAUCCUGUAAAUUUGCCCAUUUGGUGGCUCUACGCUGCAAAUAUGCGAGCCCAGGAAACUUUCGACCGUAAGAAAGUGGAGGCAAGUGCCCUAUCUUCGGAUGACUCAAGCAUUGAACAAAAAUCAUUAUAG